ACCACUUUGCUCAACUUGUCUUCAUCAUAAGAGACAAAAAAAUUGAGUGAUCAAACACCAAAGACAUCACACUAUGACAUUCAUAUUAAGCCCCAUGCAUUGAGUUCUGUCUCCCAACGUGUAUAGUCAUGGCAUUUUCACUCAUGCUAAAGGGAAAAUUUAUCAUCCUUACUUUACUUUCCAUAGCGAUGUUUUGCUUCUACUCAGGGGUUGCGUUGGAGGAGCUGCCAGGCGAAGACAUAGUAAAGGCCUUAUCGUGCUUUGACAAUAAGCUCAUUUAUGCUGGGUGUGAUGAAGCAUAUAGAUUGAACCCAUCUGGGAAUAUUGAAGUACCACCUGAGGCUACAGAUUUGUUCUGCAGUGGACCAUGUCUGGUUGAAACACAGCAAGUGUUGAAUUGCAUUGAUAACAUGCUGUCCAAUUUCAUAUUCUACAACAAAGCCACUGUGCAACAAAUGAGAUAUGCACUCAAUGGUGGCUGCAGCUACGCUAGACAAAGAGGGAGCUUCAAUUUGGGAGACUACAUUGGAGGAGAGACAAGCAAUAGUCACAGGUUACCAAUUUGGAUUAGAUCCUACCUCUUCAUCCUGGUAGCAGCAACUGCAGCGGUUUAUUUGAUCUGAAGUGAUGUACUAGCAGAGUAGCAGUAAGAAACAGAUAUUCAUUGGACUUGCUUACAAUUUAGUACCGGAUAGUGAUAGGUUCCUUCUUCCUACUUGCUUGUAAUUGCCUUAAUCUUAACUCUUAAUAUACUUGUGUGGUACCGCACAAUUUUAAAUGAAGAGAAAAACAUUUAUGUAUGAGGACCAAAUAUAUAGAAAUUUGAUAUAUUUAUACUCACUUCCGAUUUCAUUCCAA